AUGGUGUCUCUUCUUAAGCGGUUCUAUGAUCCGAUGAGUGGUCGGAUCACCAUUGAAGGCUCACAAGAUAUUGUCGAUAUUAAUCAUCGUCGCGCUGUUUCUCUCAUGCAGCAAGAGCCCGCACUGUUCCAAGGCACCAUCAGAGACAACGUUUCCCUGGGGGUCGGCCAGGAUGACAGCGGGGAGAUAACCAUCGAUGACACUACCAUCAAAACCGCUCUUCGCGCUGCUGACGCCUAG